AUGAAAUCUUCCAGCUCAUCGGUUUCAAACGCCAAGGCGAAGGCUGCAGCUGCGAAGAAACAGAAAGUGAGCCAGCCACCUCCUCCUGGUGAUAUUCUUCCGCGCCAUCAACCCCCUGGUACUACCGAAGACAAAGCAGUUGUUGGAAAUCAAACUGACGAACAAGUAGAUUUGGCUCAGAGCGAACAAGUAAAAAACGUAAACGAUACGAGGAACACGAACAACAAGCCGGCUUCUUCUACAACUUCGACUUCCUCGAAUCUUAAACUCCUUGUCGAUCCGGGAAAAUUGCACGUGAGGCAGUGGCAUCCCCUGCGACCGGAGAAAUCGGAUAAUCCCAACGAUUGGUUCGCGAGUCGGCACCAGCCCUCCGACUUCGC